GUCAGCCAUGUCAUCCAAAGGUUCCAAGUUCUUCUUCUCUUUGUAUUCAUUCAACACUCUGGAUCCCAAAAAUGCCUCCCAACGUCACAAUCCGAAACCUCAGCAAUAUCCCUUUCAAUCUGGUCAAGGUUGAACACUUUGAACCUCAUGUUGAACAAGGUGGAUUUCAGCUUAAAAACGUCACACAAGCAUUGGGCAACGUCACCAACACCUUGGGCCUGACCAACACCACAACUCGCAAGGAUGUACCCCAAAUCGAUCCCGACACAAAACCAACCAGUUCCCGUGAUAUUGACGUCAGGAUUGUCCCUUACGCCAUUGCAAAGACCGACAUCAAACUCAGUCAGCCUGACGAGAGGUUGAGAUUGACUUUCCAGGCUGAAGGCGGUGGGAAACACCAGCUUUAUUGCCCAGUCCCCACAUCCAAGACUGCUACCUUGGUCGCUCUUGACGAGAGAAAUCCUCAACGUUUCACAGGCAUCUAUCUGACUGAUGAUUCAUAUGUCGCUCUCUUCAACAGCACCAACCUUAGUUCGUGGCAGCGAAUGCUGCCCAAUGAAACGCCACUGGGUGCAUUGUCCAUUCCUGGCUCACACAAUUCUCCCACCUGCUAUAAUGCACCACCUUCUGUCCGCUGCCAGGCUGUUUCACCCAGAGAACAACUCGAGAACGGCUUCCGAUUCUUCGACAUUCGGGUCCAAGUCCCUGAACCUUUUGAUGCCAACUCUGAUCGUUUGAAUCUGGUCCAUUCGGCCUUCCCCAUCUCACUCACUGGCAACAAGGUCUUCCGCGAACUCUACAAUGACAUCACCAAGUUUCUACAAGACAACAAGAGCGAAACUUUGAUCAUGUCACUCAAGCGCGAAGGCACCGGUAAGGGCACCGACGAGCAACUAUCGCGCAUCUUGCACAACCAUUACUUCCGCGAUCGUGACUUGUGGUUCACCGAACCCCGAGUCCCCAAUCUCGGCGAAGCACGCGGUAAAAUUGUGCUACUGCGCCGUUUUGGGCUCGAAGAAGAACUUCGCCGCGAACACAACGGGCGCGGCCUCGGCAUCGACGCCCAGGUCUGGGCUGACAACACACCCAAUGCAACCUGCCCGUCUGGCGACGUAGUGGUGCAAGAUUUCUACGAGGUCUUGGAACGCCCUUCGAUCGAGAAGAAGAUCGCGUAUGCGCGUGACCACCUCGAGCGCAGUGGAGCGUGUGUCUUCAAUCCGCGCGACGUGCGCGCCACCGAGGGCAAGAAGAUUCCUCUUCACAUCAAUUUCCUCAGUGCCAGCAACUUCUGGAAGGUUGGCACCUGGCCCGAGAAAAUCGCUGCCGAGGUCAACCCAGCCGUCGUCGAGCAUAUCUGCAAGUCGCAUCAGCUCGACGAUCGUGGAAACGUCAAGAAUGGGAAUUGGAGCACUGGAAUUCUCGUCACCGAUUGGGUCGGCCUGGGUGGAGACUGGGAUUUGUCUAGAGCUGUCGUUGGACUGAACACGAGAUUGAUCAAAUAGAUUAGUACAUGGUAGGAUACUUGGAUAUUGUUUCCUCAUACAGAACAAGUUUCGGUCUCGA